UUUCACCAAUUAAAAUUAUAAACUUCUUAUAAUUUUGUAAUAGGCAUUUUUUGUGUGUUCAGUACCUAAUUUAAUUGAAGUUACGGCUGAUUUGACGAUUUAUCAUCCUAACGUAUCUUACAAGCAGGUUACUAACCUACUUGAUGUGUCUGUUCAGAUGAUAGAUCGCUGUAAACAACUGUCCGAUUUAAAUAAUACGAUACUUUCAAGCAAUAGGAAUAAUAAAUGAUGCAUGUUCAAGUAAGACACCCUUACGGGGGUGUACUACGUAAGUAUAUUAAUGCCAUGAAAGGAUGGCAAUAUCGUUGGUUUAUACUUGUAUAAGACUGUAGAAUGUCAUGUAAUAUAACACCUCACCAAGCUCGUUUACAAGCUCGUGUAAUAUAGUAACCAAAGUAUAGUACUUACGAUAGCGUUUAUACAUCAAUACAGGUGAUAUAUAUAAUAAUUAAUUAUUAUUAAUAAGGCGUUCAUUAUUAAAACGUAAAUGUUUCAGUAUAAUUAAUACGUUUAUAGUAUUCUGUAAAAAAAACAUUUUUUUCAAAUUUAUAUUUAUGUCAAUCUUAAAGCAAAAGGAAAAGGUCAAAGCUGCAAUUCUCUCACAGAAUAAAUGUCAAGGACACGAAAUUAGGUGAAGGUGCACAAGCAAGUGUUUUAACGUGCUUAGAGAACAGACUCGAUCAGUUUCAUUAUUGCGUGGCCCUCGUGAAGAUCAUAACAUUUACAUGUUAAAUAAUGAUAAAAAUUUAAAUGGGUGUAAUUAAUAGAAAAUCUCGGGAAAAGUAUGUCUGUUGCAUCUACUUCAGAACUUUUAACUGAAUCUGCAGGUGUUAAGAUUUAUAUGGCGGAAAACAGUGCGUCAAUCGAUACAGCCUUUACGGGGGAAAUUUGUAUAAUAUUGGAAAAUAUAAAAAAAACGAAAGCAAUUGGUAAAUCUUGCGGAUUUCAUUUAACAAAAUCAAAAUGGGAUCCUUAUCCGUGGAUAAGCCAUAUCGAAACCGGGAGUAUUGCCGAUCACGCUGGACUUAGAACUGGAGAUUGUUUAAUUAGUAUCGAUGGAAAGGAUUUAAUAGGAUUAAAAGUAAAACAAAUAGCGGCUUUAGUCCAUCAUUAUGAAGGAUGUGAUUUAAAAUUAUUUAUUUGGAGAUACAUUAACGAAGGAGAAAAAGAAACAGGAAUAGCUGUGAAAGGACCGUUGCCAGAAGUGGCCUGUAAACUUGCGAAUGCAGUAGCUGGAGUGACACGAGCUCUAGAAUGCCCAGUUUGUCUGGAAAGCUCACUGCCUCCAGUUUCUCAAUGUGUUCAUGGUCAUAUCAUUUGUGUUGGAUGUAGAUCGAAAACACAUCGUUGUCCGAUUUGUAGAGUUAGACUGGGUCAAGGAAGGUGUUUGCUUGCGGAUAAACUUCAUAAGUUAUUUCAGGACAUUUUUGACAUAAAAGGCAAUGUAAAUAACGAUGCAGAAUGUCACACGCGAAAUCUUCAAGAUCGGCUUUUUGGUAAAAACAAGAAGAAAGAACUAAAACAAACAGCAGAGAAACAUGAUUUUACAAAUACGAAAACACGUCAAUUAUUAUUAAGCAGAUUAUUUCGCGGUGGAUUGGAGAAAGCUGCUUCAGCGGAUAAUUUAACAAUAGUUUCCAGUGAAAAGCCAAAUGCAAAUACUGCACCUGUAGAUUUAAACCCUGAUGAACAUGCAAGUUUUUAUGAUCGAACGAAAUCUGCAAGUACUGGAGAAUUGUCAAAAGAGACUAUGAAAGAUGUUGACAGUCAUUUGCAAACUGAUGCAACUGUUACCUUAAUAUCAAUAUUGGAACAUUUGAGCGGAAUUCACGAACUACCACAAGUUCAUUUUUAUUCUAUUUGCGCUAAACUUCCAGUACCUCUUCCAUUUGGUUCAAAAGCUGUUUACAUAUUACACUAUGGUGAAGAUCUCUUUUUCUUUCAGUGUGAAGAUGAAAUUGUUUGGAUCAGUAGUACCAGAGGGGGAAAAAUACCAUGGGAAUGGACUUUAUAUGGUAAAGGGCAGAAUGGCACUGAGAUAAAAAUACGUAGAAGUGUUGCAAGUCUUAUAAAUCCCAUGAUGUUAACAUCCCAACACAUUGCCCCCUUACCAAAUGCUUUGUUAUUGUACACAUUGGACAUUCAACUAAUAGAAUGUCAUUCAAAUGAACAGUUUGAGAUAUAGAAUAUACAUAAAAACUAUUAAAAAUUAAAAAGUACAUUAUAUUUUAGUGUAAAAAAUAUAUAGUAUCACAAUAUUAAUAUAUGUAUAUAUAUAUAUAUAUAAGUAGUUAUUAUAUUACGAUGCAUUAUAGAAUCCACUAUAAAAGAGGAUAGUCAUCUAUUAAGAUUAACAUGCAGUAACAAAUGGAAUUAUUAAAAUAUACAUUAUUAACUUUGUAAAAUAUAUAAAUAGAUAGCACAUUAUAAAACCA